GUCCUUUACCCUUUUAUGACUACUCUGGAAAUGCCAGAGGUGUAAAUUUCUCAGGUAUGGAAGGAUUCCAAAAAAAUGUUUAUCUUCUCACCGAAGAUGAAACGAGGACAUUGACCCUAUCAGAAAUAGCAGGAUUGAGGAAAGGAGAACGGUACAAGCGUCGUGUGACAUUUCGUCAAGACAUGACAGAUGGUGAUGUAAGAGGCUUGUUUGAAAACUUGUUUCGCCCUAUCUUGUCAAAUAAAAGGUUUUCGUGUGCAUCACGAGAAGGACAGACCAGUGAUUUAUUAAAUUUUCAUGGUGAACACCGUGUUUGGGAUGGACGAAUGAUUAAAAGAUACAUAAAAGGCCAAUCGGCGUUGUAUUUAGUCAUGGAGGACAAGCCGGUCCUAAACCUGGUUUCAUCAACAGCAGGACCUCCCUCAUCUUUACAAGGUCAUUCGUCGUCCACCAGCUUCUUUCAGAACUCCAAAAAUGGCCAGAUUGUGUCAUUGAGCCAAACACAGCAAUCUGUGACAACGGUCACAUCUAUAAACACAAGAAACCCAACAGGUUUUUUAUGGGAUGAGGAUCUCUACAACAGUGGAGAUAAUCAACCGGGUUUUGUGGCCCAGCCUCUCGUUGCAGGAGUGGAUUCAAAAACUUCUUCUUUAGAUUCUAAUGAAUUAACAGGAAAUUCAGUGGAUUACAGUUUCUUGAACAACCAAGAUAAUCCAGCAUCUCACCUCAAAUGCUCAUCCGAACCUCAACUCAAGCCGGUCUCAAACCUGGUGUUACCUGCAGCAGGAGGACCUCCUUUAUCUUUACAAGGUUAUUCGUCGUCCACCAUGGCCAGCUGCUGUCGCAACUCUAAGAAUGGAAGGAAUGUGUCAUUGAUGCAAACACGGCAAUCCACGACAACAGGGACAUUUAUGAACGCAACAAACCCAACAGAAAAUUCAGUGGAAUGGGAACAAUGGGAUCCAUGGGAAUGGGGAAAUUUUACGACCAGUAAUAAGCUGGAUGAUAACCUGAACGUACCCUUCUUACCAGACUUCGAUUUGGAAAACAUCGUCGAGGCUAUGGACUUUGGAGAGCAUACUGAACCAUUUGAAACGAUACCAUGGGCCUCAUUUUGGAUCAAUGGAAAUCAAGAACAGAGUGAGCUACAAAGUCAGAUUCCCUCAUCCUCCACUGAUGCCUUUCAAAGCGAUGACAGUGCGUUCAGUUCGUUAGAAGAAACCGUUUCUCAGAAUGGAAUAUUCAACGCCCACGGAACAACGCAAGGGUGUGGAGUGACAAAGCCAAACAGGAAGCGUAACAAGUUGAUGGGGAAAGAUCGUUUACCAAACUACGUAAGAGAUUCUUCCGGACAAUCUGACAGCGGUAUUUCGUCUGAAGCGAGCACGUGUCAGGCUGAAACUCUCAACCGACCAAAACCUCUGCGCGUUCAAGAAGCGAGAAUGAAACCCAGCGAGGGGCCUUUGCAGGGCGGAGGAAUCUUCCGUGCAGAAAUAGAUGAAGAGCUUCCUCCCUUAAUGGCGACAGCUUGGGCAUCAUUUGGUAAUAGGUCCGAGAAAGUCAGGGUAACGAGGGAUGGUCUGGCUAUGUUUGGAGAGGAAAUUCCUCGUGGUGACGCGCCAGGACCUGUUACCGUUACUUUCACCACACUGAACGGUGAUUAUGUGGCAAAGGCUAUAUUUACUUACAAAAAAUUUGAAAAUUCCACAACCGAGCAGACUACGCGCGCUAAACGCUUUCUAGAUGAAGUCGAAGAGUCUGUAAAGCGUCUCAGGAGUGUGACUGACUACGAAAGUGACGAAUUUGCAGAGGAAAAUAACCAAGAGUUAGUGGUAACUCAAGUGGUGGAAGAUCAACCAGUAGAGGAGGGUUAUUUUGGAGAUGCAGAAACAUCUGACGCAGAGGAAGCUUCAGAGGAUUAAGACUGAUCAUAUGGGUAAAUUGGAAGAAUUACUCGAAAGCAUGUAUUCCGUGCACCGUCUAUGGAAUUUGUUCUCUAUCCAACUCAAAGGAGCCACGGAUGGGGCAACUCCACUGGGGUUUCAUUUGCUCAGAAAGUACGUAAACAGCUUGAAUUGGCACUUCUCUCCAUGUGAGUUGAGUUCUCCUGGCUGGAGAAUUUAUCACAUGAAAGAGGUUUCAUCCGCCCUGCCUGCUGUGAAGAAAACUCAGUCAGACUCGUUUGCACUCAGAAGGUUCAAGGUUGCAAUCAAGCAGAAUGUAUGCACCUCUGGCUUGAGUUUGAGCAAAACAGCGACAGCAGUAACAUAAAAAAUGCUACUGCAAAGACCUGCAAAGAUCCAGUCGAGGAAUGUGCCACCUAGACUGCCCCAGGAAUUCGGAUUCUCCAGUUGACUGAUGGCAGAAAUAUCGGAACUCACUCGGCUAUGUGAAAGAAUGUAUCGAGGUUUCUCUUCUUGGAGGCAUUCUGAAAUUGCGUUUGAUGGGGAAAAGUAACGCCAGAGAACUCGCGUCACAAGUACAAAAUAAUCUAAAGCUAAACCAGGCUUCUCUGAAGCAGCUAGGCCUAAACACAAAGGUAGUUAUUCGUCUCUUGGCAAGGAAAGCCGAAGCAUCCGACUAGAGGAGGAUUGUCAACGGCUGAGAAACAUUGUGCCAGCUGAAAUUACCGGCUAGUUGGCUUUGUUUACGUGCAUGGUUUUUAUUCUUAUAAUUUUUUUUUCUAUAUAUUUUUUACAUUUAUUUCCAAGAUCAUUGCCAAUCUAGAGAAUCGUUAAGUUGCUGACUACGAAAAUGUGCUAGUUUAUGAAUUAUUCUUUGCAUUUUGCAAAGGUAGAUAUGUCAAAAGAUGCCAUAACCUCGUAGCCCCUAGUUCAAUUUAAUUCUUCCUCUCUUUUAUGUCUGAACAUACCAAUUUUCGAAGCAUCCCUUGAGAUCAGCGAAGUGUUUUUCACAAUUAAGUGGCAUUUUAGCAAUUUUCACCGUUCUUUGGCUGAUUUUAAUCUCUUUGGUGUUUGCUGCUGUAGAAAACGAUUUUUGCAAGGUUCUUCUAUAGUGCAAGGCGUUUAUCUCCUGCGCUACAACUUAAUUUUUUUUUUGUCAUCAAAUGUUUGUAUUUUCUGCUUCUUUUUAUGCGAGUACAAUGUUAGCAGUUGGAUCUUAAUAAAGUAUAAAUAAUGUAUAAUAAUGGAUAAACCUUGCGUUAAUCAGGGUCUAAUUAUCGUCCUAAAAUGGAAAACAGAUCGUUUCAGAAACACAUUUUUAAUGAGCUCGUGUUUAAAAGAAUAUUUAUCUUUAUAGUCUACGUUUUUACCACCAGUUUACUCAGAAGACUAGUAUUUCUAUAUCAUUAUCCUUGGUAUAAUUACAUAUACCAUUAGAAUUAAAACUUUAUUAGUUUUAUCAUAUAACUGUAAAUACUUAAUUUCGCCUUCGAUCUGUCUGUGUAUUUAUCAAUAAAUAAUACA